AUGACCCACAAUUCAUCAUCACCAAUGUCAAUCACACAGCUUGUUCAUUCAGACAUCAACGACAUCGAGGAUCCCGAUGUCAAAAUUGCAGCUGAAGUGUUGGGAGAUAUGGCGAGAUUAUCCAGCAUCAAAAAGGAAAUCAUUACGCUGCCUCCACUGUCAACUCCCUCGACCACGCCUAGUUCGCCGCUACCGACGCCUACAACAUCUUCAUUCUCAACCGAACAACGUCUGUCAUUUUCGAGCGAAUCCACCAUGGAUGAAGAUCAGUAUCAGAGGCAUCAACAGCAGCAAAACUUCAUACAUCGAGUGUCCAACAUUCCACUUGUAAACUCUGCAUUGAAAGCUUACGAGAGCUCAAAGAACUCUAGCAGUGUCAUGAAGUAUGGUGCUGAGAUGGUAGAGUCAUUUGCUGCCCCUAUCUAUGAUAAAUUUGGAAAACAUGCUUUAUCAGGUGUGGAUGAAUGGGGAUGCAAACAACUGGACAAGCUAGAAGAACGAUACCCUAAAUAUGUAGUUUCCAAAGACGACAGUGGAUCUUUCACCACCAUGGAAGAAGACGAAGACGACGACGAUGCUAAAUCUGCUACAUUUGCGCUUUCUCGUGCUACCUUGAUUGACGAUGAAAGCGGUCUGCGUAAACGAAGAGACUCUCGUGAUGAAACAUCAAAACAUCAUAAAUCCAAAUCUCGUAAUACGUCUCGAUCUACAUCGCCUCACAGACCAUCUUCAUCCACACAUGGCAUUACUAAACCAACUCCCAACCGUCAUCGUCAGCAACCGCUCGUGCGUAGUAAAUGGCAUCAAAUCGUCUUGCAUGCUUCCUCUGCGGCUGGCACCACAGCAGCUGUGAUCAGUGAAGAGAGCAUGAAGUGUUUGAAAUACUGUCUGAAUUGGUUACAGUAUGCUUCACAACACAUUGAUCAGCAGAUGAACCUUCUUCGAGAAUUUUUAGUGUCUUUAGCAUCUAGAAGCAAAGAAAUUACACCUGAUGAGAAUACAACAACAGUAGCCAACAUCAAGAAAGAAAUCGUCGAUACGCUUCGUAAGGUGGUUCAAGUGGUCAGCAAGUACGCCGGCUCUGGAUUGCCUGAGCAAGCAAAGGCAUCUGUUCGCGGAUUUAUCUUGGCUUUACCUACUCGCUGGGCUAUAUUGAAUUCUACAACAAAUAGCCCCACUGCAUCUCCCUCUAUGGGGCCUGUAACAGCACAUGAAACAUCAAUGAAGCUAUUAAACUUUGGAGGCGAAUCGGUGGAAAUGAUCAAUUCGGUUGCUCAUGUGUUUUCUGACACAAUUGAACGGGCUGAAUUGUGGUUGAGUCGCUUGCGUGUUGUUGGUGUCGCUGGUAAUAGAAGAAGCCUUCAACACUCAACAGCCGAGGUAUCAUCGUCAUCCCCACCCGCUGGAGCACCACCAGCACCAGAGCAAAUGGACUUGAAUUAA